ACUCACAUGACAUCAGCCUGCUCAUUCUCUCUGGACAUAGUUGUGUUCAGGGUUUGUCUUCACCUGGUAUUUAGUCUCCCACACACACACGGUUGGGUUAUUUUAAUAUUUAAUUGCUAUGCUAUUCUUUUGCGCCUUCACUCUAAUUAUAUCUAAACUGGCUCACUGAACUAUUCAUACACAAAACAGAGAGAAAUUGGCAAAUGGAAAAUUGGCAGCAGUCAGACCGUCCUUAUAUAGCAGUGCUGGAGAGUGUUCCUGCACUGUGCCUUUGACUUCAAGAUGGACAGUAUUAUUCUUAAUCCUGUCCUGCCUGAUCACACAGCCAUGCUGGACGAAGCACAGUUGGAUAUACUGGGUCAGCGGUUGGGAAAGAAGUCCCGGUCGGUUUGGGAGAGGGUGAAGGCAGAAUGCUGGUGUUCUGGUCCCAGGCUGAAGAGCUAUAUGUUGUCAUCUGUUCCUGUCCUCUCCUGGCUGCCCCGCUACUCCCUCAGAGACAACGCCAUCGGAGACCUGAUUUCGGGCAUCAGUGUGGGUAUCAUGCACCUACCCGGAGGCCUGUCUAAUGCGUUGCUGGCCGGGGUGCCGCCUGUGUUUGGUCUCUACACCUCUUUCUAUCCGGUGGUCAUCUACUUCAUCUUUGGGACGUCCAGACACCUCUCGGUGGGUACUUUCGCCAUUCUUUCCAUCAUGAUUGGCACUGUGACGGGUAACGUGGAGUUGCUUAGCAACGGUGUCGAGGAGCGGGAGGGCGACGGACAGAUGGCUCGAGUGUGUGUGGCAGUACAACUUACCUUCCUUUGUGGCCUUAUACAGAUAGUGUUGUUCUUGAUGAGAGGAGGGGAUGUGUGUCGCUGGCUGUCUCAGCCCCUGGUGAGCGGCUAUACCACGGCGGCAGCCCUCCAUAUCACCGUCUACCAGCUGCCUCUACUCUUUGGCAUCCCAACCAACAGACACAGUGGUUUCCUGGCUGUAGGCUGGACGCUGGUUGAUGUGCUGUCUAGAGUGACUAACGCAACGCCUGGGACGCUGGUUGUCUCCGCCGUCUCCAUGGUGAUCCUGGUGGGAGGCAAGAUGCUGAAUAGACUCUUCAAGACCAAGCUACCCAUGCCUAUUCCAUGGGAGCUAGUGCUGAUAACGCUGGCCACCUUCCUGUCAGUGCAGUUGGAGCUGUCAGGACAACAUAGUGUCCAGGUAGUAGGACACAUACCCACUGGCCUGUCCCCCCCAGCCCUCCCCUCUCUAGCCCAGGCCAAAGAGCUGUUUGGUCCGGCUCUGUCCCUGGCUGUGGUGGGCUUUGGCUUUACCUCCUCCAUGGGCAGAAUGUUUGCACACAAACAUGAUUACGCCAUAGACAGCAACCAGGACCUGUUGGCGAUAGGACUCUGCAACACAAUUGGAGGGAUGUUUCACUGUUUUGCCGUCAGCUGUUCUUUGUCACGCAGUACGGUCCAAGAAAGUAUUGGGGUGAAAACUCAGGCGGCUGGGCUUCUCUCUGCUCUGAUGAUGCUCACCAUCAUGCUGAAGAUUGGACAUCUCUUUGAGCAGCUGCCAAUAGCAGUGUUAGCGGUGGUCAUUGUGGUAAAUCUGCAAGGGAUUCUGGGUCAGUUUCGGGAAGUCCCAGUGCUCUGGGCGUCUGACCGUUUGGACCUGCUGGUGUGGGUGUUCACCCUGAUCUUCACCCUGAUUUUCAACCUGGAUCUUGGCCUGGCUGCUGCUCUGGCCCUCUCUCUGAUCACUGUCGUCUACAGGACUCAACUCUCCCACAGUGCAGUGCUGGGUCAUAUUCCUGGGACGGACUGCUACAGGGACCUACGUCUCUAUGCUGAGGCCAGGCCGAUUCCUGGAGUGACUGUAUUCUCCUGCUCCAACCCUCUGUACUUUGCAAAUGCUGAGCUGUUCUUCAGCUCUCUCAGAAAGUCUGUGCAGCGUGUCCAACUGGAGAAUGCAGCCCUCAUUGAGAACCAGCCCUUACCUCAAAUGUCAGGCGCAAGGCACUGUCUGGUGCUAGAGUUUAGCUCAGUCAUCUUCAUGGACUCUAUGUCAAUCAAAGCACUAUGUAAGGUUGUGGAGGAAUUGAAGGAGCAGGGGGUCAGUGUGUUUCUGGCUGCUUGCCCAGACAGGCUGGUGAUCAAGCUGCAGGCCCAGGGCUUCGUCCCAAACACUCUGCCCAGGUCCUGCCUCUUCCCGUCAGUGCACCACGCUGUCCAACACUGCCAGAUAUCGCCUCCCCUGGCUGACCACAACAUAGAGCUGAGUGAGUGUUGAUGUGCAGCCUGCAGCUCAUGAAGGCGAUGGGAAAAUGCCACUGUGGAAUUCCUGCCUCAGUCAGAAUAUGCAGUAGACUGAACUCCCAGCUCAAGCUGGCGUCGGCGAUAGGACUAUGAAAAUGCUUUCCUUUGAGCUCCAUCGCUAACGCUGUGGUUCAACGUCUUCUUUUGAGCUAUGAAAAGACAGCAGAGGGAUUGGAGCCAGCCGGAGUCCGUCCGUCUGCCUCUGUCGGUGUGCCUGUCUUCCAAUCUCUAAAACAUGUCCAGGUCCAACCCCCCUGCACCAUGAUUAGAGGUGUCUGUGUGGGUUUAAUGGUUGGGCGUCUCUCCUGCACCUCCUCCAAUGAGAUCAGACACUUAUAGGAAAUGGGUGAGCUCGGCUGAUGUCAAUCAAAUCAAAUCAAAGUGUACUAGUCACAUGCACCGAAUACAACAGCUGUAGACCUUAUAGUGAAAUGCUUACUUACGAGCCCCUAACCAACAGUGCAGUUUAAAAUAACAAUAUAUACAGGGGGGUGCCGGUACAGAGUCAGUGUUCGGGGGCACCGGUUAGUUGAGGUAGUAUGUACAUGUAGGUAGAGUUAAUUAAAGUGACUAUGCAUAGAUGACAACAGAGAGUGGCAGUGGUGUAAUUUGUAAGUCGCUCUGGAUAAGAGCGUCUGCUAAAUGACUUGCCCCCCCCCCACACAUGAAUGUAAAUGUGUGGGGGGGGGGGGCAAUGCAAAUAGUCUGGGUAGCCAUUUGACUAGAUGUUCAGGAGUCUUAUGGCUUGGGGGUAGAAGCUGUUUAGAAGCCUCCUGGACCUAGACUUAGCUCCGGUAUCGCUUUCCGUGUGGCAGCAGAGAGAACACUCAGACAGAACUGACUGCCAUUCGUUGUUUGAGUCAUCGUUUCAAUUUCCAUUGCAGGCCAACUGUACUACUGGCAUUGCCUGGGGGGGUGGGGGGGUUUGUGCUACACAGAAAUAUAUAAUGACUGACUGACUCGCCCUCUUGUGACAAUGUAGUUCAGGAGAGUACAAAUGAAAUGUCAUUCAGGAGGGCACAAAUGAAAUGUCAUUCCGGAGGGUACAUUUGGAUGCUUUUCUCAACCUCGGUCAGCGAAAGGUUGUACAGGUUAUGACUUCAAUCCACAUGCUGAUAGCCUACUACGGUUAUGUUGUGAACUACGAGAGCAUACUGUCAGGUCUUUCAUUCUGCUGUGUGUUUUAGAAGAAAUGGAAACAGAAGUUGUCUCUAUAAAAGCUUUAUUGGAGCAAUA